GUUCGAUUUUUAUUUUAAACUUGCUAUUCGCUGCUCUGAGGGUCAUUGAUAUAUUUUUCUCCUAUGUGCUUUCAGUGACCAAUUAAUGUGGUUUUUUUUUUUUAAUGUGCGAGUGAGUGUCAAAUGACUAUGAAUUUACUACAUUGAAUACACCCUCCCUCCUUCUUCCCCUUUUCUUCUUUAUUUCUUGGAAACUUGUCUCAUCCCAGAAUGCAUCAGUUUGUUUUUGGCUGUUAAACGAGAAACACAUGUGGGUGUGGUGUCUCAGUUGACCACCACCUCUCGUCAGCACGCGUAAAAUUAUUUAAAAAUUAAUAUAUUUGGAUUGUGAAAGCGCCAUGGACUGAGGGCAGCGCGCCGGGAUGACGGAGACGACGCAGGCGACGCAGAUGACGCAGGCGACGCACAACGGGCACGCGCCGGGCAGUCGCACCCGCGCGCUGGCCGCGUCCUUCACGCACGGGGCGGCGCCGUCGCUCAUCCCGCUGCCGCGCUACGGCCGGCAGGUGUCCGGGGACUCCGCCCCGCCCCGGGCCACCAGCAGGUUCUACUGCGACGAGGACGCGGGGGGCCGCCUGCAGGGGGGCGAGGGGCAGCCGGGGGACGCCCGCUGGAGGGCGCGCCGCGAGGAGGCGGAGCGCAAGAGGAAGGCCCUCAUCGCGCAGUCGCAGAAAGUGGAAAGAGAACAUGGAGAGCUGCAAAAGCGAUACCAAGAACUCGCCAGGGACUACAACAGCAUCAAGAAACAACUUCAGGACAAAGAUGAGAAACUGAAUCACCUCAGGAAAAUCUCGGAGGCUGUGUACAGGGAGUACGACCUCCUGAAGAACAAGUACGAAGUGGACCAGAGAGUGAUGCAAGGUGCUAUGAACUCAGCGUCUCAGUGGUACAAGCAGAACCGGCAGCUGAAGAGGAGGAGCGCCGCGCUCGCCCAGAAGUUCCUGCAGGUGGGAGCGGGCAGUGCCGUGGACUCGGUGGACGCCUUGGAGGACGGGGACGCCGACAGGGACGGGGAUGAGCUGGAGAGCCUCCGCUGCACCAUCAGAGACAUGGGCCAGGAGGUGGCCCGCCUGCAGGCCGACCUCAACGCCGCGCGCCUGCAGGAGUUCGAGGCCCAGGAGCAGACGGUGAACCUGUCCGCGGAGCUGGAGGGGGAGCGGGGGGCCAGGCUCGCGGCCGAGCGGGAGCUGCGCGAGCUGCGCGCCAUGCGCGAGAACAUGGGCCGCGUGUCGCGCCUCGUCGCGCUGGAGAUGACGUCCCUGCGUGAGCAGUGCCAACAGGAGAAGGAGGCGGCGCUGCGCAUGAAGAGCGAGGCCGACCAGGCACAGAAGGAGCGCAACGUGCUGGCCCACCAGAGCGUGGUGCUGAUGUCUGACGUGGUCGGGGAUGACAAGUUCAUGCACGUGCUGCAAGAGAUGGAGGACUUGAGGAGAACUCUGGAGGAGGAGCGGCAGAAGUACAAGGCUGAACUGCAAGAACUGCAGGACAAGCUGGAGGAGAGGGAGGAGGAGGCUCAGCUGGAGCUGCUGGAGGAGCGGCUGAAGCUGGCAGAGUCCGAGCUGCGCUGCGCCCUGGAGCGCGCCGAGCGUGCAGAGUCACACACCGGGCUGCUCUCUAGUAAGAUCAGCCAGCUGGAGGGGGAGGUGCAGGCCCUGAGGUGCCCCCCGCCGCCCCCGCCCCCGCCCCCGCCGCCCCCCGGACUGCUGUCCCCCGCCUCCAACUGCAGCUCUGGCUCGGGCAGCUGCGACGACGGCAGCAGCGUCAACCCCGUGCUGGAGAUGGCCAGCAUCCUGGGCAUCCCGCGCAAGACGCCCUCCCUCGCCGCCGCGGCCCCCGGAGGGGCUAUUGAUGACAUCAUCAACCAAAUAAAAGGUGGAAAAUUUACUCUCAAGAGACCAGAGAGACAGACGGAGAAGAAGGAAGAGGAGACGCCGGCCGCGGUGAAGGAGAUGCUCAGCAUCAUCGGGACGCUGAAGCGCAGACCCAAGGCCAGACAGCCCCUCCCUGCCGAUGUUGCCUUGUGAACUAUACUCGUUGCCAACCACUACCUGCCUGUAUAUACAUGUACUUUUUUAAUACAUAUGCCUUUUUUUUUAACUAA